AUGGAAGCAAUGGAAUACAAUGAAGAUUAUCAAAUGAAUAAUCAUACUAUUCACACUAUCCCAACUAAAGCUGGUUCAUUGAAACUUGGUGGGUUUGUUGUGAUUGAAAAAUUCCCAUGUAAAAUCACUGAAUUUAAUAAAACUAAGGAUGGAAAACAUGGACAUGCAAAAGUAACAUUAACUGGAAUUGAUGUUUUCACUGGGAAAAAGUACACUGAUUGUUGUCCUGCUCAUUCUAACAUUGAUGUUCCAGUAAUAAAAAGAGUAGAAUAUCCUCUUCAAGAUAUUGAUGAUGGUUAUUUGAGUCUUCUUAAUGAAGAUGGGUCAUUAAGAAAUGAUAUUAAACUUCCUAAAAAUGAACUUGGAAAACAAAUUGAACAUGAAUUUAAUGAUAAAUCUCUUAUAUGUAUUGUCCAAGUAUUUGGUGAUCAAGAGAUGGUUAUUGGCUACAAAGAAGAUAAAGAUUAA